AUGCUGCUGAAGAUAAAGAAUGCAGCACUAUGGGGCAAAACUAGUCAGUCAUCAAAUUACUUACAAUCUGGACCUGAAUUGGCUCUUGACGGACUGUUAACCAGCUGGACCCACACUAACACUGAGACCAACCCGUGGUGGAGAGUGGAUCUACUGAAGGUAUACAGAGUGAACAGGGUCACCAUCACUAAUAGACCGGGCAAUGGCUUGAGGAUUAACGGGGCGGUGAUUCGUAUAGGAAACUUCCUUGACAUUUACAAAAACAGAAUAUGUGCUGUAAUUUCCACUCUUGCAGAUGGUGCCACGGCCACUUUCUCAUGCGGUGGGAUGGAGGGACGUUAUAUGAUUGUUCAUAUUCCUGGAGAUCAGAAGAUUCUUAGUCUUAGUGAAGCUGGAGUCUACGGGUAUUUGGCAGUGUUGGGAUCUGCUCUGGUUGACAGAGGAUUCACAAACGUGACUCUACGGUGGUCUCAGACCCCUAAACGGGUGAUCCAGAAGGUGACUGCUGGUCGUUGUGGCAAUGGAAGAUAA